GGGUGGGGGACGAGCUGUCGGGAUCACGCCACGACGGUGGGACGGCGCGCGUUCCCCGGGAACGGGCAGCGGGGAGAAGUUCGCCCUCGCGCUCGUCUCCCCGGCAAGAGCGGCCCCGUAACAAUUCCGCCGCCCGGGCGGCAGCACGGCAACGGCCACGCCGCCGGCCGGCGCCGCGUUGCGUGCUGGAGCUUGUAGUUCCGCCGAGGAGUCCUGAAAGGUUAAGCACCACCGCCAACAAAGGGACGUAAUCCCCCCUCCGCCCCGAACGGUUGUAUAUCCCACAGAAAACCACACUUUAUUCUUUACUGCGUAUUUUCCGUUUUAAUGAGCUACUUUUUAAGGCGCAGCCCUACGCCGCUCGUUCCGCGGGGGGAGGCGGUGAGCUCCGCGCAGCUGCCAGGACCUGCUCUGUCCCGUCAUCCCCCGCGCCAAGAUGUCGGCGGCUAUCGCCGCGCUCGCCUCCUACGGCGGCUCCGACUCAGAGCCCGACUCGGAACCCGAGGCUGAGGGCGGCUCCCAGCACGACGCCGUGCUCGCCAGCCGCGACGCCGUGCUGCACCUCCGGGCGCCGCCCGCAGCGACCCCGGCUUUGGCCGUCGACGCGGCCCCGGAAGUAGCCGUAAAGGAAGAUGUGGAAACAGGAGUCCACCUUGAUCCUGCUAUCAAGGAAGUUCAAUACAAUCCCACUUAUGAUACCAUGUUUGCACCUGAGUUUGGACCAGAAAACCCAUUUAGGACUCAACAAAUGGCUGCACCUAGAAAUAUGCUUUCUGGAUAUGCCGAACCAGCUCACAUCAAUGAUUUUAUGUUUGAACAACAAAGAAGAACAUUUGCAACCUAUGGUUAUGCAUUAGAUCCUUCUAUAGAUAACCCUGAAGUUGCUACCAAAUAUAUUGGUUCUGUAGAAGAAGCUGAAAAAAACCAAGGUUUAACAGUGUUUGAAACAGGACAAAGGAAAAUUGAAAAAAGGAAGAAAUUCAAGGAGAAUGAUGCAUCUAAUAUUGAUGGUUUUCUGGGACCAUGGGCAAAGUAUAUUGAUGAAAAAGAAGUAGCCAAACCAUCAGAAGAAGAACAGAAAGAGUUGGAUGAAAUAACAGCUAAGAGGCAGAAGAGAGGAAAACUAGAAGAUGAUAAACCUGGAGAGGAGAAGACUAUAUUACAUGUUAAGGAAAUGUAUGACUAUCAGGGGAGAUCGUAUCUUCAUGUCCCUCAAGAUGUUGGAGUUAACCUCCGUUCUACAGUGCCACCUGAGAAGUGCUAUCUUCCAAAGAAACAAAUCCAUGUGUGGUCUGGACAUACAAAGGGUGUCAGUGCAGUUAGAUUGUUUCCUCUAUCUGGGCAUAUACUGUUGUCUUGCUCUAUGGAUUGCAAAAUUAAGCUAUGGGAAGUAUAUGGUGAUCGAAGAUGUCUACGAACAUUCAUUGGACAUAGUAAAGCUGUUCGAGACAUCUGUUUUAAUAAUGCUGGCACUCGAUUUCUUAGUGCUGCAUAUGACCGCUAUCUUAAACUCUGGGACACUGAAACAGGGCAAUGUAUUUCAAGAUUUACAAACAGGAAGGUUCCUUAUUGUGUCAAGUUCAAUCCUGACGAAGAUAAACAAAAUCUCUUUGUUGCAGGAAUGUCAGAUAAGAAGAUUGUGCAGUGGGAUAUUCGAAGUGGUGAGAUUGUGCAGGAAUAUGAUAGGCAUUUGGGAGCUGUCAACACCAUUGUGUUUGUGGAUGAAAAUAGAAGGUUUGUGAGUACAUCCGAUGACAAGAGUUUAAGAGUCUGGGAAUGGGACAUUCCUGUAGACUUCAAGUACAUAGCUGAGCCAAGUAUGCAUUCGAUGCCAGCCGUGACUUUGUCUCCAAAUGGGAAAUGGUUGGCUUGCCAGUCGAUGGAUAACCAAAUUCUGAUUUUUGGAGCUCAGAACAGAUUCAGAUUAAACAAAAAGAAAAUUUUCAAAGGUCACAUGGUAGCUGGCUACGCUUGUCAAGUGGAUUUUUCACCUGACAUGAGCUACGUGAUAUCUGGAGAUGCAGAUGGAAAACUUAACAUCUGGGACUGGAAGACAACAAAACUCUACAGCAGAUUAAAAGCACAUGAUAAAGUCUGUAUCGGUGCAGUGUGGCAUCCACACGAAACAUCAAAAGUCAUUACAUGCGGCUGGGAUGGUCUUAUUAAACUGUGGGACUAAAGAGGCUGCUGCGGAGAUCUGAAGAUUUAAGUCCUGCAUACAUCUGAGAUUAGAGUGAAUUCUGCUGCAAGGAUGGGUAGGCAUUUGUAAUACUGCAGUUCUCAACUAGCUGUACAUGUGCACCAAAAAAUGGGAAAUCUUCAGAAGACACAGCUGAAAGGCUGUAGUUCUAAAUACGACCUCUGGGUAUGAGAAGCUGAGGUCAUCUGGAGCAUGCAGAAUCACGUGCUAGUGUGUCAUGUCACUGUUUGUGCAAAACACUUUUGUAAAAUAAAAUAAUUUUAAGAAAAA